AUGUUAGCUGUUUCAAUGAGUGAAGAAGAAGUAGAAAAUAAACUCCUUAACGGUAUUGAACAUUUGGCUUGUAUUGCUGUUGUUAAUAGUCCUCGUCUAGUAACAAUAAGUGGUGAUGAAAAAACUAUUGAUGAAAUACAACAAAUUCUUUCAAUCUCAUAUCCAAAUAUACUUAAAGCAUGUGUUCGUAUUGAAAAUGCAUUUCAUUUUUCAUCAUUGAAAGAUAUUCGAGAAUUUCCAAUACAAGAUCAAAAACAAAUAUUUAAUCCAAUAUGUGCACAAGCAAAAUGUUAUUCAAGUGUUAUUGGUGAACAAAUGAAUGAUAAUAUACCAGCUGAUGGUCAAUAUUGGUGGUCAAAUGUAAGACAAGCUGUAAGAUUUUAUAAUGCUAUAACAGCAAUUUUGAAAGAUGAAGCAGCAAAUGUUUUUCUUGAAAUUUCACCACAUCCAGUUUUAGCUAUAUCUAUCCAAAAUGAGCAAAUAACAUUACUUCCUAGUUUAACACAACUUUCAAUAUCAUCUCAUGUAUGGCAACAAUAUUUUCAUACUCGUCAAAUUUUAUCAGUUAAAAAUUGCGAAGAAUAUUUUGAUAAUUUUCCAUUAUAUAAAUUUCAUUUGAGUCCAUGUUGGUAUGAAUCAAAAGAUUCACCUAUACAACGUUUAGCUAAUCGUAUUCAGACUCAUCCAUUACUUGGUAUUCGUCAAUUAAAUGAAAAAACAAGUGCAACAUGGAAAAGUCUUAUUAAUAUUAAUUUACCACAACAUGCUUUUUCAAAAGAUCAUAAAAUUCAAGAUGCAAUUCUUUUCCCGGCUGUUGCUUAUCUUGAACUUGCAACAGCUGCUUGUCAACAAUUACUUUCAUCAAAAGAAGAUGAUCAACAACAACAACCAACAAUUAUUUUUGAAGAUAUUAAUUUUACUAAAGCACUUAUUCUUAAUGAACAUGAAUUAACAGAAGUAUUUACACAAGUAAUUAUGCCAAUGCGUAAAUGGUAUAUUAUAUUUUGUAAUUAA